AUGGCGGAAAAAAAACUCAAAUGGUACGAUAUCUUGGAGGUUCUUUUUGGAACCAUUGUUAGCUUUGCAGACCCCAUCACUGAUAUUCUCACACUAGUGGAAUUCUACCUCGCAGAUCACAAGACAUGGUUCGGUGUGGGGCUUACAUUCAUUAUUUUUCCUUGUUUGGUUUAUGUCAUAAGUCAUGCUGUGUUUGAAUCGAGAGAUGAUGAAAAAUCAGAACAGGAAGAGCGCCAGAGUAGGGCUUGCAAAUACACAUAUAUUUUAGUCCUUGGAUGUAAUCCACUCUUUCCGGCCUGGCUGAAACUGCGAACGUUUUUUUUCUACCUAAAGAAGUUACUAAAAUUCAGGCAAGGUAGCAACAAGGAUCAAAAGGGUGAAGACUUCGACGGUCUACUGAGUUUAAGCAAAUUCGCUGUUCUGGCCGAGGCCGCUCUUGAAUCAGCUCCUCAGUUUAUUAUUCAGCUGUACGCCAUGGUUGUUCAACAGGAAUCGGUGUCGAUCAUUCAAAUGGUUUCCCUGCCCGUGUCUUUCCUUAGCUUGGCUUGGGCGUCUACUAUUGCUGAUGAGUUCAUUCACAGUGACGGAGGACACCUCUAUUUCAGCGUCAAAGAAAGAGUUCUAAUGUUUUCAACGCACUUAUUCAUUUUAAGCAGCCGACUCUUUGCAGUUGCUUUGUUCACCGUAAGCUACAAGUGGUGGGUUACCACUGUUUUGAUCUUUCACUGUACGUGGAUAGCUGUAUGUGACACCGUUUGGCAUAGCAGAGGACGAGGCUGUGACAAAGGAGUCAAAGGACGGAGCGCCUGUGUGUCUAUUUUCCUUUCCUGCUUCAAUUGGUUACGAGAUAAUUUGUCAGUGGUGAUAGUCGUAAUAGGUGACGACGGAACAGAAAACAGAAACAAACAUUUAAGAAGAAUGCAACUGGUCUCCAACGUACUGUUUGUGAUAGAGAACAUAACCAUGAUCCUGUUGUUCUAUUUCAGUCAUUUUCGUCACACCUGGUUCUCCUUACCAGUCACCAUCUGUGUCUGUUUGUUUGCUGUUCUUGGAGCCGUAAUAAGGCUUACUCUAUUCUAUUUCAUAACGAAGGAAUCAGAUGGUCGCCGAUCCACGAGUACCCAAGGAUCAUAUGCACUGAGUAGCUCUCGUAAAGUAACCCCUCCGUGGUUGAAGCAAUAUAUAUGUGAAACAUCGGUAUAAAUAGCCUGACUUUGUAUAGUACGUCUCAAGUUAAUAUGUGAUCGGCGAUAAUGUUGGCUGAGACAGUGUAUAAUGUUUAAAGGGAUAGGUUCACGGUUAAGCGCAUGUUCAUUAAUUAAAGUACUUUUUUCCAAUUUAUUAUUAAUUCUAUCGGUUAGUAUUCCCACUGACAUGUAUCUCAGCGAUCUCAGAGUGUAUUUCAAAGUAGAAUGGUAUUCACAGUAACCUGAAGUAGGCUGGAGGAUUAUUAAAUAAAAUUAGUGGAUUAUGCCAACACUGACUAACGUUGAAUUUAUUUACAGCUAUUUGCAAAUAUUUAAGUUGAUCAAGUGCAAGUGACUGCCAGGGGAGUGUGCAGAUUGGUUCUUUGACAACAUUAUGAUAUGAUGAUAUUUCUUGCAUAGACGAUACAGCAUGCCCCGGCAGAGAAACAGCACUUUGAUAAACGAGCAUGCACUGAACCGUGAACCUGUCCCUUUAAUAACCGCGACAAGGAAAAGUAGUGUCAAUUGAGACUCAAAUUUAAGCUAUGUUCUGUUGAUUAACUCACCGUUCUUGCUUGUACUCAUUGGUCAGGUACUUAGUAUUUAUUGUUGAUUUAAUUAGUCCAACCUAAACGAAACGAAACGAAACGAAACGAAACGAAACUAAACCAGUGGUGGAUCCAGACCUUCAGAUAAGGGGAAGGGGUGCGGUCAUCCAGACCCUGAGAUAACGAGAGGGCGGUGUCAAAAAGGUAAAGUAAAGGAGGGCUCGGGCCCCACGGACCCCUCCCCUGGAUACGCCACUGUAAACUGAAGUUAUUCUAAACUACACUAAACCGAGGCAAAUAUUUCUUAUUUACCAGAUUUACUUGGUCAUGCGUGUAGGGUACGUGUAGAAUGUGAUAUCAAGCAAUUUUGAUGGCUCAUGGUCAUUUUGUUUAUUGGCUGGAGACAUGAAGCGAAAGGAAAACUGAUUGCUUCUUAACAAUGUCAAGUUGGGGCUAGCAGUGAAUUUUAGAAAAUUGACUUUGUGAUUUUGAUAUCCCUGUGGCUAAAAAAAAGAAUAGUUCUUUGUAAUUUUUAGAUCACCGUGGCUACAAGAACUCAGUUAUUGUGUUCUGAGACUGGACAGCUACAGGACCAUGGUGAAUUUUCAAGAUAGAAAACCUUUGCCCCGUCGUGAGCAAGCAAAUGGAAAUAUAAUAUGUUAAUUUUUUUCCAAUCAAUCAGAUUACACUUUGAAUUUCGUAUCACGCCGUUUCUAAUAUUGUUAACUAUUAACUAUCUUCUAACGGCGACGUUAACGUGACCGUUUAAUUGAAACCCGAGAUCAUCUCCCAAGGAGAUCGAGAGUUAAUAGUUCACAUGACAAUAUUAGAAACGUGAUACGAAAUUUGAGUGUCUUAUUUACGACACGCCAGACAAGCAAACGCAUUUUGAUAAAUGUUAACCGUCGCUGAUCGGAUUCAAAUGCGUUCUAAAACGACUCAUAAAGACACAGGAAGACAGCUAAAUACAUGUUAUUAUUUUAUGAGUUAACAAUACAGCGUAAAAUACAUUUAAAAUUAUUUUAUUAGCUAAUACAGCGUUCGGGUUGCCUGUGACGAAUGUUAAACUCUGACAAUAGAUGGAUCGAAAGGCACCAAUUCCUGGUUACGAGUCUUCACCGCCAAUAACAUCAUGAAUUGAGCAAAUGAAAAGUCAGCUGAAAAGUUGAUUAACCAAAGAUUGACUUGCCUGCGUGCAGACGUCUCCUAUUUCCUUUGUUGCAGGCGGACCACACAGGAGAGAUGUAACACACAUUUUAAGUAAGGUGAGUUCUUUUUUAUUGAAAUACUUUCAUUUUCGUAGGUUACAGAAACGGUAGGUUUUUUCCCAUACAAAUCCUUAUAUUUUGAAUAUUACGCAACAAUGCCGAUGCACGUCGAUGCUCAUAUUUCGAGCUUGGGCUACCUGUGGGUAAACCUUUAUAUAGAGAGAAAACCGUUUACAUAAAACACCAUAAAACGGCCAUAAAUCGGCCCGUGGACCACACAGGAGAGACGUAACACACAUUUUAAGUAAGGUGAGUUGUUUUUUAUUGAAAUCCUUUCAUUUUCGUAGGUUACAGAAACGGUAGGUUUUUUUCCCUUACAAAUCCUUAUAUUUGGAAUGUUACGCGACAAUGCCGAUGUUCGUCGAUGCUCAUAUUUCGAGCUUGGGCUACCUGUGAAAAAACUCCAUCAAUUUGGCCAAAAGGCCAUACCAAGACAAACAAUGCGUAAUCAACAAACUAAUGAAACUAGAGCUUGAAAAAAGGUAAUAAAGCGAUUCUAUGACAAUUAGGUGGAUAACAAGAUGGUAAAAUCUGUUCACAGAACUACAUAAACUUAAAUUAGACAAUAAUUCUAUAAAUCUCGAUCUCAGUCUAUAGUACGGUCAAGCAAAAUGGUAGGCGUCGCUCCAACAGGCGUUCAAAUCCACUUUUCUCUCUUCAGGCAAUUAUAAAUCAAUUAAAACUUAAAUCUGUAUUGUACAGUAACAUUCGUGUACCUUUGCCUACAACUAAAGAAAAAGAAACUAAAUCAUGUACAUGUAAUAAAGGAAAUCAUUUACGUAUCGGUCCCGCUUGUACCAAACAAAUCACAAAAACCAUGUCACGAUGCGACUCCCCUAGGCCCGUUUCAAACGUCGUGCUACUGCCGUGCCGAACUAAAUUGAUCGAAUUAAAUUCAUUCGACUUUGAGUUCGGCACGGUACGGUAGCGCAACGUUUGAAACCAAGUCGUGCCACUGCCGUGUAGCACGGCAAGCUCUGCCGUGCUGCACGCCAGUAGCUCGACUUCGUGUUUCAAAAGUCGCGCUACUGCCGUGCCGAACUCAAUUCAUAAAUUAUAAAUACAUUGGAAUGCGUUUAAAACUUUGCUAAGCCGUUUCUUUAUUUUUGUGUUUUGAUUUCGGCAACAGCCAUUCUAUUAGAUUGAAUUAAAUUCGACGUCUGAAACAAAGUCGUGCUAGUGUCGUGCUGCAGUCGAGCCAGCCGUUAGCACGGCAGUAGCACGACGUUUGAAACAGGUCCUACUUGACUUUCCGGCCAAAAGGUCGCUAACGAGCGCUUUUAUACCCACGUGGGGACGCCGAAAUAUCUCAUUACAAAACUAACAGAAAAUCAGGUAAACAUUGAAACUACGCUAGUAGCUAGGAUCAAAACACGAAAAUCGCAAAAUCAAUGAAGGGUAUUAUUCUUAUGUCUUAUCUUUUACAAAACCUAAAAAGCAAAAAAUAAUAAUUUCUUUCUUUCAACUGCGGUUUUUGCUUCAAUCUUUAAUCACAAGUGCGACUGACAGACUGAAUUGGGCUCCUCUCACUCCUAUGUAAAGCUUAAUCAGUUUUCCAGCCAAUCAGAUCACACGUUCUUGUGAUCAAAGCCUACGUAAUAACUACAAUGCAUUUACCAAGGAGAAGUUUACCUAAGUACCCUUCCGGGAAUUCAGCUUUCUUGAAGGGAUAAAACAAAAGUAUAAGAGUAUACUAGUGUAUUGGUUGUCCAUGAUGGGCCUGACCAGAGAUAACAAGCAAGCUCAGUUAGGCUUUUUUAAUUGGGCGCUCAAAUAACGAGCAUUAACAGAAAUAAGAUUAUGGGGGUCACCACUUCGUUCAUUAUCCAAUCAGUAAAUCACUAGCUCAGACAAGAAGUUCUUAAACUCAUUUUCUUUAGUCAUUUAGAAAGUUCAGAGCAAUGACGACAAAUGCACUUAUACGUUACGGCAAGAACUUUUUGUUUCUUUUUGGAAUCGUUCAAAGCUUUGCCGACCCCAUCACUGAUAUUCUUACACUGGUGGAAUUCUACCGCGCAGAUCACAAGACGUGGUUCCGUGUAGGACUUUGCUUUGUUAUUUUGCCAUGUAUUUUUUUUACAUUCAUUCACUUGGCACACGGUGGUCAAAACAGUUGCCGUGGUUGGGGUUCAUAUGUAUUCACACUUAGUUGCAUUGUCAUGAAUCCACUUUUUGCCGGUUUUAUUAAACUGACAGAGAUUUUUGUCUACCUGACGCGGGAUCCUAACAGAAUCCAACCGUUUGACGGUCGACCGGAUGAUCCCGCAUUCGGGGAUGACUCACUGUGCAAAAUCGCUGUUAUAAUUGAGGCCACUCUUGAAUCAGCCCCUCAGUUUGUUAUUCAGCUGUACGCCAUGGCUGUUCAACAGGAAUCGGUGACGAUGGUUCAAAUGAUUUCCCUGCCCGUUUCUUUCCUUAGCUUGGCUUGGGCGUCUAUCGUGGCUGAUGAGAGAAUUCACAGUGACCAAGGACCUCUCCAUUUCAGUUGGAAGGAUAAAGUUCUUCUCUAUGUAACGCACUUCUUUAUUUUUAGCAGUCGACUCUUUGCAGUUGCUUUCUUCACCGUGAAAUACAAGUGGUGGGUUGCCAGUGUUUUAAUCUUUCACUGUAUGGUAGUAGUGGUAUUUGAUACAGUUUGGCUUUGCAAAAGAGGCCGAGACUUCGAAAGCAGGGCAGUGCUUUAUCCGAUUCUUUUGUUUUGCUUCCAUUGGGUACGAGAUGAUCUUUCAUUGACAAUACGACUGAGCGAAGCAGAAAACAAAAACAACCAGCUAAGAAUUAUGCUGUUAUUUUCCAACAUACUGUUUGUGAUGGAAAACAUCACCAUGAUCCUGUUGUUUUAUUUCAGUCAUUUCCCUCACACCUGGUACUCCUUACCGGUCACCAUCUGCGUCUGUUUGUUUGCUGUUCUUGGAGUCGGAAUGAGACUUACCCAUUACUAUUUCUUAACGAAAGAAUCGGAUGACGAUAUGCAUGUUUAA